AUGUCCGCGCCGAUGCACCAUUUCCCAAUGGCACUCAGUGCCGAAGGCUGCACGGAGAUCUUCACCUACAUUAUUGUCGUCUUCGCCCUGACAAAGCUCAGCAUAGACGAUCUCGCGCCCGAGGCACGGCGGUGCGGACGCUUCCCGCCCAGCGGCUGGCUCUACCUGGCAUGCAUCCUGUCGUGGCCCUUCAGCGUGGGGUCCUUCGCGGGCCUCCUGGUCCUCGGCACGUUCCAUGCUGCUGUCAUCAAGGCAUACAAAUUCGGGGCCCGGGGGGCCAGAUUCUGUCGGCGGCGGAUCGCCAGGUGCGUCCUGAAGCCCCGUGAGCCCGAGGACCUGGAGAUGGGCCCCCUUGUGCCGUUGCCCCUGGAACGGGUGAGCUGGGACGACUCCAAGGCGGAAUAUAGCUUCCCGCUCGCUGAGAUGCCGUCUCGGGAGGUCGUCGCAAUCUUGAGGGAGGAGUGCAGCCUGACGCCCCAGAGAUGGGGGCGCGCACCAUGUUCCCGGACGAGCUCUUCUCGGUUGCCCGCCACGCGGAAUAACAUUCUGUGA